AAAAUGGCGGCCAACUCGAAUGAAAUUUUUUCAGCUCCGCGAAUCUUAGUUCAAUUCUUUUCGUAUGUGGCCUUCAAAGAUAAAAACCUUCUAUGGAAUUAGAACCAGGUGAUAUAUUAGAAGGAAGCGAGGAAAAAUGGGAGGUUUUGCGUUUUCUUGGAAAAGGAAAGUGCUGUUCAGUGUUUGAAGCAAGACUAGAAGGAGAAGGUUUGGACAAUGAACGACGAGCAGCUUUGAAAUUCUACAAGAAAGAAGAAAAAUAUACCAGUGCAGGGAUGAAUGAGGCUCAGAUACUCCAAAAGAUUCAUUCAGAAGAUGAAAGUAGUUCGUAUGGAAGGUGUUUCGUAGUUAAGCUGUUAGAUGUCUUCUCCUGUGAUGGCUACCUUUGUCUUAUCAACCCUUUAUUAUCAUGUAGUCUCUACCACAUUCUUACCAAAGGCAGCUGGGAAAAUGGCCUUCCCAUGUAUGUUGUCCAGAAAUGUUGCAGAGAUUUGGCUGGCGGAAUAGAAUAUCUUCGACAAAAGCACAUAGUUCAUGGUGAUAUAAAACCAACUAACAUUAUGUGGGAUUCUAAAAAUGAAGUUUUUCAAUUUGUUGAUUUUGGUCUUAGCUUUACGGAAGGACAACAGCCAGCGCAGCAAAUUCAAAGCCCUGGGUUCCAAGCUCCAGAAGCUCAGGAAUGGAAUAAGAAUGUCCUAAAACCAGUGACAGAGGUACCAAUGUGUAGUAGUGCGUGUGAUACCUGGAGUAUGGCAUGUGUACUCUUCCUUCUUCACACUGGCCAGUCAUUAUUCCAGGUUGAUAGUCACCUGUCAAUCAUCUGUCAUGCUUGUCAUCAGGAUCAUCCAGUAGAUUGCAUCCACGGUAAAGAAGUUACAAAUCAGUUACUACAACAUUCAUCACAAAACAAGGAUGUUUUUUCUAAGAACCACCUUGAAUCCAUGACUGAUCUCUUGAUCAAGAUGGUUAAAUGUCGUCCAGAUGAUAGGAUCACUCCGAGCGAGAUCUUGGAUCAUUCAUUUUUGAGUCCUCAGCUUACUAUAACAAAUCCCAGUCUCGUUGAAUUACUGUUCCUGCCAACUAGAGUGUUACUGCUGACCAAUAUGUUUGAAAACACAAGUGAACUUAACCAAUCAGACGAGUACGAAGAUUUUAUAGAUGAUAUAAAGGAAGAAUGCUCAAGGUUCGGUGUGGUUAAGUCUGUGCGGAUACCCUGUGUUGAAUAUGGUUCAACAAACACCGAUCUUCUAGGGAAGGUUUUUGUUGAAUUUGAAAACACCCAGGACUGCGAAGAGUGUCAACGGUGUCUGACUGGAAGGAUUUUCAAUCAGAGGACAGUUAUUACCAGUUUUUAUCCUUUCAAAAAGUACAAAGAUCUUGUUCAUUAAUCCUUGAUAAACUUCGGAACCGAUUGUUUACAUAUGCGCGGAACUUAAAAAAAUGUAUAUUGAAAAAUGCAUUACAAAAUGAAAUUUAUUUCCGAGGGGUUUAAGACUAUUAUCAAUAUUUGUAGAGUUGUCGGAUGAUAUUUUAGAAUCAAAUUGGUUUAAAUUCUUGUCGAAUGCAGACUUUCAUAUAAAUUUGAUAUAAUUUGUAUAGUUGGAAGCCUAUACCAUGUCGGUGACACUAAAUUGGUUUCCACUUUAGACCUAUCAGAAAAAGAGAAAGCGCACACCAUCCAAUCAAAAUGCUUCGCAUAUGAAAACCAUUUGAGUGUCCCGGUCAUUUUUCAGCUCUGUUUUCUCUCAGAAUGAUUGAAGUCAGGACGAGAGACCAAACAGAAUUCGUAUAAUGGGAAGACUGCUGUCGACUCUUCUCUAUCAUUCAAAUGGCUUUCGAUAUAUAAGAGCUAAUCUGAAACACGAAAAGUUACAGUAUCCAUGACAAUCACAAUGCUUAAAUUGUUUAUGAAAGCCACUUGAUUGCACCGUAAGUUUUCUAUCAAUAAGUCCGUAUGCAGCUAAAAUCUAGGG